GUAUCAUACAUCUAUGCAUGCUACCUUAACUUUCCUCGCGACUUCUUUCCUUCAAAUGUCGACCCGCUGACAUCAUCCAUCCGUCUCAACUUUUCACUUAAGGAAUCACCAAAAUUGACAGCAUUCACACCAUCACACAAAUCCAUGCUAACGUUCAAUGGUAUGUCCUCAAAUCCAUUCAGAUCUUCCUCAUUAUGAGGAGUUGAACAUAUGCCACUGUCAGAACAGCUAGCAACCGAGCUAGUCGUACAAUUCUCUACAUCCACAGCAUCAGACAAUAACGGAGGGGAUAGCUCAUUUGUAGCCCCUGAUCUAAGAUCUGUGCUAAUAUCUUCGGGUUUGUGUUCAUUCAUAACUAAAUUGUAGACCUCUUCCUGCAAUUUGACAGGAGAUUGUGUUUCAGAGUCAUAAUCACAUACAGCCCCAUCUGGCUCAGUUCUUCCUUGGACAAGCAAUGAUAUAUUGGAUUCACUUUCUUCCAUUGAUUAUCAAAAUAUAAGAUCAAAUCUUGUUUAUUUAACCAGUACCAUUAAACACCAAAAUCACAGUUGGUGAAAACACCACCGCCUGAAAAGAAUUGGAAGCGCUUGGCAUCAACGAUUAAUUAAUUUCCCAAGUAUAAUAUCGACAUACUUGACUUCACUGACGCUAUUAUUCCAUUUUACAAAAAAAUUCGUUUCAAAUGUGUUAUGUAGCUAGGUUCUUAUAAAGACUUCACCAUACACAAAAGCAUCUAUGUAAAGGCGAUGUUUUCUUGUUUAUAUUUUCCUUCUUUAUUUGUGUUUUUUUUUGUACAAUAUUUUUUAUUAAUAGUCUUAAUAGUGACCUCUUUGUUUUUUAUUGAAGACGGAUGUGCUUGAGCCUCGGCACAUCGUACUCAACGUACCGGGCUCGCAUACCCCGUACUACCUCGGCUUCCGGUGCUUGUCUCUUCUGCAAUAUCACAAAGACAAACGAGUUAAUAAAUUUGUGUUGGAAGUCGAGCGAUAUUUUUUUCUCGUUUUGAUUACAUGGAAGCCGUGAGCGGCUUAAAAAGGAGCCAAAAUAGGCUGUCUUAAUAGUGUCAGUGAACGCACACCGUCUGUGCAUACCCUGUUGCACGAUCCACCAGCGGAUAACAAGAAUGCUGAAGGUAAAGAUGCGAUAGUGCACUAACUUUAUAUUUUUGUAUUUAUAUUAAAUGCCGUGCUUACAAUCUAACAUGGAAACCAUAAAUCAUUAACUAAGUGCAUAAGUAAAGGCCUAAGGAAGGCCGGUCGCUUAUUUUCGCUCAAAAACGACAAUAUAUUGCGGGUCAGACAUAUAAUAAAACUUUUCAUAUUUUUGAUUAGAAGCAAGUUUGAGUGUGUACAGCCGGGGCAUGUAUUAUGAGCUCUCCAUAUAAAUAGGAUUUGCCAAGGAGAAAUUCAUUAUUUUUAUCCAACAAGCAAAAUGCGUAGUUUUUACGUGUAAAUCUGGUGAUGACAUUUUGUUUAUUGUUAAAAAAAUGGGCGAAAAGACUAUACUUGCGACAAGUGAAAUGUUCUCAUUUCUAUCAAACUGCGGAAUAUGAGUUUUCGUUAAUUUGUUACAAUCCUUAAUUUAAACGUGUUCCUUUUCUUUGUUUUAGUCGGGUUUGACGACUUUCGGGUGCUUAGAGCUAUCGGACGGGGCGCAUUUGGAAAAGUGAGUUAAUUUGCUUUCUAGUUGUAAACUUUUCGCAUGUAUCUCGAGUAACUUAGUGAAUAUUCCAAUUUUUUACCGACAGUGGUUUGCCCAAUUAGAGUAUUCAAAUGUUCUUAAAAUGGGUGUUUAUUGUAAUUUGCGUAAAAUUGCGAAAGAUUACCCACAUAACACAGGCUAGCGUGUUGAAUUCUGUUUUUAUGCAGUUGGAAUUCUCCAUAAAUAUUGACACCAAAGGUUUAUAGAGUUUUUAAAACGAAAUAUAUGAGAAUUAUUAUAUGUAUGUUGGGACAUUGGAUAAUAAUUGUCUGUAAUAAGUACAUAAGGGGGUGUGCAUAUAUAAGAGAAGUGUCUAUAAGGAGAGGUUUGAGUUUAACCCAUUAAGUUGCAUGGCGCCCCCAAGUACUUUAUUAUUUUACCCUGUCUAAUGCCAGAUGAUUUUACUUGUGAAGGGGAGAGUGCUAGUACUUAAUGGGUUAAUUCUAUGAAUUUUUAGGUAUGCAUUGUGGAAAAACGAGACACAAAGCAAAUGUAUGCAAUGAAAUACAUGAGCAAGGCAGCUUGCAUUGAGAAAGAUGCUGUUCGAAAUGUGCUUAGAGAAAUGGACAUUUUAAUGGGAUUGGACCAUAGUUUUCUUGUAAAUUUGUGGUUUACUUUUCAAGAUGAGGAAGAUUUGUUCGUUGUCGUGGAUUUAUUGCUUGGCGGAGAUUUUAGAUACCACCUUCAACAGGGAAUCAAAUUUAGCGAAGAUGUUGUGAGGUUUUAUGUAGGAGAGAUUGCGAUGGCUUUGGAAUACUUGAGAACUCAUAGGAUUAUACAUAGGUAGAUUUGAGGUCUAAACGUUCCACUCAUUAACGUCAGAUCUCUAUAGUGUAGCAUCCAUACACGGAAAGCUUAUGGUUGCAAUGAUAAUAUCAAUUAGGAAAGGAUUUAAUACCCUCCCUUCCUUUGAAUGUUUGCAUUCUCAUCAUGUUACAUAAAUGAUGAUUGCUAGUCAAGUGAAUGUUGCACAAUCGUGUACUCAGUCACGUACUGUAGUCAAGGGGGGCAAAAAUCCCAGAAGGGAGCCAAAGGAAUAUUAUCCUGUGCUAGUUCAAAUAUAGUUUGUUUAUUUUCUGAAAAUAUAUUUGGACUCUCUGGCUAUUCAUGCAUAACAUAGUACAAAGAAUUUGUAGGGAGUCUGGGGUUAGUACAGUACCAUUUACUUGGGGGCAAGAUGUAUGUGAUCAAGAUUUGGUGAAUUAUUAUUUAACACUCUACUUAAUCACAAACCAAUCUAAAACAUUUAAAACAUAGCAAGAUAUAAAAUUUACAUUAUUAGAAAUGAAAUUUGAUCUGACAUUUUCCUGUUGCAUGAGAUCUUCUGUUGAAGUUCCAAACUUUCCACUGUGACCAGAAUAUAAUAGAGAAUAUAUUUUUUAUUAUAAUUAUUAUUUAUGUAUUUCUACACAUUAGGGAUAUCAAGCCAGAUAAUUUGCUGCUGGAUGGCAAAGGUAAAUCAUAUUAUAGUUUCACUAUUUUGUAGAACUACUUUGUAAAUUGAUUUUUGUCAUUUUCCACUUAUGAUUUUUAAAUUUGUACAGAUUUGCAUUUUUUUCUUUCUUGAAAUUAGGUCAUGUGCAUCUUACAGACUUUAACGUUGCCACAGUAAUGGAGGAUGAGAACACUCUGGCAACAUCAAUGUCCGGCACAAAGCCGUAUAUGGGUAAGUUUAAGUAGGAAUGUAAUUUGGGUGUGGUCAAUGGAAAAGCAUGGUUGAGUAUAAUUAUGUGAUUAGGCUGUUGCCUUCCUGCACAACUGUAGAGUUGAUGAUUAUCUAAACAACAAAACUAUAUCAGACCUGAGUAUUUUACACAAAUGUGUUGCACUUCACUCAUUAAUAUACUUUCCCUUGACCAGUAAAUUGUCUUGUGUCAAUCAAAUAUAAUGAAUUUUGUUAAUAUUUUUAAUUGAAUUGUCUUCAGCUCCCGAGAUCUUCAAGACCUCUGUUGGUAAAUUGCGUGGAUAUUCCUAUGAAGUUGACUGGUGGAGUUUGGGCAUUUCAAUUUUUGAAAUAUUACGAGGAAAAGUAAGUUGUUUGUUUGUUUGUUUUUUUCUUUGUUACAACAAUGACUUACAUAUUGUAUAGAAAAGACAACAAAGCUGAAUUUUGUAUUUAUUUAGAGACCAUAUCAUAUCAGCUCAAAUACAAACAUGUCAGACAUUAUUCAAAUGUUUGAAUCUUCCUGUUUAAUGUUUCCUUCCUCAUGGUCUAAGAACUUUAAAGAUCUUGUUAAAAAGGUAAAAUUUUACUCCAUUUCUAUUGAGACUGUUGGCCAAGAUAUCUCUCAUCAUCAUCAUCAUCAUGGUUUUCCCCUCAGGGGAAACAAUAACAAUGGUUAACAACUGGUAUAAUGUAUUUUCUUCUUUUCUUUAGCUUCUGCAUAUUGAUCCAAACAUAAGGCUCAACAGUGUUGAGAAACUCAAGGAAUGUGAAUUAAUGCAGUCAGUUAACUGGGAAUCAUUGUACAGAAAAGAGAUAACCAUUCCAUUUACUCCCUCUGUAAGUGAAUGUUUCAAACCUUUAUCAAUUCUCUUAUGUCCAUGUUGACUUUUUCAUAUCUUUGAAAUAUUACAGAAAGAUCAUUUAAAUUGUGAUCCAACAUAUGAAUUAGAAGAGAUGAUCAUUGAACCGAAUCCACUUCACAAGAAAAAGAAGCGGUUAGCAAAACAAAACAGCAAUAAAGUGGUAAGUGAAUUGUCAGAAAUUCUGUUGGAAUUAUAAAGGCAUAUACCAGGGCACUUAUAUAGAUUAUAGUUAUGAUAGUCAAGAACUUAGUAAUUAGUAAAGGACCUAUAGUCAUAGUCAAGGACUACAGUCGCUUUUACAUAAGCGCUCUGGCGUUCACCUACAAUACAGCUCUUGAAUCCUACUACUUGAACAAUACUCGAGUCAUUACAAUUCAAUUUUAUUAUAGGAUACUGGCAAUGUACAAUUAACUCCAAUGCAAAUGAAGUUAGAUACACUAGGCAAAAAAUUUAAGCCGUAUAAUCGAGAGAGGUAUGUUCUGGAAUUAAUUUAUGUAGCAUUCAAACUCAGCAUUCAUCCAGCUAUUUGCUUUGUACUAGGUAACACUCCUUCUAACACUAUGUCCAAAUAUCCGCCUUAGUGUUAAGCCUUGGGCAAACUAGAAAACAUUGUUGCAGAAACAUUGUUUCCUGCCAAUGUUUCGCCAUGUUUCCCAAGGUGGAAAACACUAGGAAACAAUGUUUCCGCAACAAAAAUCGCACUUGGGAAGCAUGAAAUGUUUCUGAAUUUGAUAGGAAACAUUUCUGCUUCUCGGGAAGCAAAUUGUGUUUUUGCAACGAUGUUUCUACGGGUGGGCAAACACAGAAACACUUGAAGAAACGUCGUGAAUCACAAUGUUUCCGCAAGAAUGUUUCCUAGUUUGCCCAAGGCUUUAGCACUUAGAGAGGUUCAGAUUUGACUUCCAAUACCGCCUCCUCUCCUUGGCUCAGUACGCAUCUAAUUGGUUAAUCGGAUAUACAGUAAUAUAAACGCAUCUGAUUGGUUAUUGCAUGGUCCUUUGAUGGUUGUGGAAGUCACGUCUGAACCUCUCUACUGGACAAACUAUGCAGACGAGCAAGGACGAAUAGCGUGUUUUAUCCUGACAGUGGUUCUGGAAACGAACCGUGCUUGAUUUUGUGCCUGACAUUUCUCUUAUUUAUAAAUAUGGAUUUCUACUACAUGCCAGAUCUGUUUGUUGAAUUUAUACAUGGAUGAUGGCGAACGUUUCUCAGGGUAGCCUGUAGGAGAAAAUUCAACUUAACGAAAUAUCAUAGUGUUUUUAUCAAUUAUUAACCAAAAUGGCGCUUAUAAUCCGGUAAAUCAGAAUGCUUGACACUCUGUGCAGUACGUGGUUACCUUAAAGCAUGCAUCUAACUGAUAUGACUUUGAAUUCAUUCACAUUUGCCAUUUGGGUAAUUGUUUCAGCGUAUAGGUAUUACUGCCCCCUGGCAGUAAUACCUAUAUAUAUAUAUAUAUAUAUAUAUAUAUACCUAUAUGAUAAAACAUUCUGGGUACGGCUUUGUCUUUUUUAUACCAGACUGUUCAUUCCGACGGAUUAUUUCUCUGAAAGAUGAUCCCUUUCAGCCUAGACCUAGGGCCUUCUAUUUGUACUGUAUGUAUUUCAGCGCUUUUUCACGUGAAGAUGGCAUUAACCUGCAAAUCAAGUGCCGCCUGCCAGGUAUAGGCUCUGGGGCCUAGGCUGGGUCCCUUUGUUUGUGAACAUAUAAUCAAAUAAACCCAAGUUCGCAGAGACGGAACAUAUGUCUUCUAAUAUCAAACUGCCCUUCUCGCGUGUAGAGAGAAAAUCCUCAAGGAUCAAAAGAAUGUGAAUAAUUUUGACGAUAAAAAAAUUCCUGAAGAGGAUGAUGCCGCGAGUUCGGAAUUGGUUGAAUUACAAAACGGGGUUGAAGUAAAAGAGAAAACACAACCAAAUGAAACGGAAGAUAAAAUUUCCGAAGAAGAGAAGCAAGUGGAUGUUGUGGAAGAUGAUAAAGACGUAGCGAGGGUGACAGAAGAAACUGAAAUUGAAAGAAAGAGUUUUCCAAACGACAAAGAAAGAUUAAUUGAAAUAGCGGAAAAAGCAAAAAUGUCAGAAGACACUGAAAAGUCAGAAAGCCUUGAAAGGGAGGAUAUUAUAGAUAACAAACCGGAAGAGAUUAUAGAUAAUGACAGAAAGGAAGUAACUAUAGAAGACAAGGAAUCACUAUUACCAAAUGACAAACUAGAUUCAGAAAAACACGAGAACCGUGUUUCCACAGUAUGAAGGAUUUUAUAUUCCUACAGAAAUGUUUUGCCAGAGAAAUUUUAAUAUCACUUGCACUAAUUCACUUGCACUUGAAACUCAGAAAUCAUAGAAAUGGAUAUUUAUUUUAUGUUUAUUUCAAAUAGUAUAGUUGUCUUACAGAUGGACAUUUUAUUAAAGACAUUAAAGACAACUAAUUUACAUAUACACAGAUACACGGUUACCCACUAAAAUUUCACCCCAGUUUUUGUGAUUGGCCAUUCGGUAAAGAACCAAAAUGAUUUUAGUAUGUGUCAUUGACCGAUUCCAAAACUAGCCGCCACAGUUUUCCAUUAUUAUACAUUUUAUGCAUUACCGAACUAAUAAACAUUUUUUUAGCGCCAUUCAAAGUGUAAGACUUUUAAGAUUGAAACAAUCCAUACAAGCCCAAUUAUAGCCAAUAUAGGCUAGUCAUGCAGGCUUGUUUGCUAAAUCUACCACAAACGCCUGUAUUUUUAACAUUUAAUUUCUCAAAGCCGGGAAUACAUAGACAUAGUAUUUAUAUUUUGUCAAACUGUUAGUCUUGAAGUAUUCUACAAGGCAGCAGUGAUUACCUUGGUUGAAAUUAAAUGUGGAAGAAAAAAGAAUGACAACCUUUUUGGAGUCGGUCUAUAUCUUGGUCGGCAUUCUGUGAAGACACGUAAUCUUUGUUAACGUUGGAAAACCUCAUCUUUAUGGAAAUAUUUUUCACUGUCAUAGACAUAGUUGGUAGAUGCGAGGUCAUUAUAUAGAUGAAUUACAUUUGUAAAUUUAUUAAAUUUGUAAAUUUCUUCCUCGUUGUGCUUUGACAAUGAGAAAGUUGAUCAAGAUGAGGUUUUUACUACUCGUACCAAAAAUCUUAUUUGAACUGAAGUUUAUAGUGACACUUGACCUGAUCAACUUUACCUUUGAUUGGGUUUGCGCAAAUCUCAGAGCUGCUCCCAAUUGGUCGAUUAAUUGAUUAUUUUUUAAUGUGUUUUAGCAAGCGAUUAUUAGCAACAAAACAACUGCGCUUGAUAUCUUUCUUUCUCAUUUGAAAAAACUACGAGGAGAUGGCAUUGUCGGUGUGAUUAAAUGACAAACCCGACUUGCUUUUUAUUUCCCUGCUAACACAUCGUGCCUAGAUUUGUUCAGUGCGAUUAAUCGAUUGUAAUCGAUUGUUGGAAGCAGUUCUAAAACACGUGUGGUGUUAAUUGAUUCUGUGGAGUUUAAGAACUCUAAAUUUUGGAUGUUACAUAGUAGAUUUAAUGUAAGAAAAUUAAAUAAACGAUUGAAUUUGCAUCAUUCGCACAAUAUAUUUAAACACAGAAUAGGAAGUUAUACCAGAAGCGUAACUCUAGUCGUUUCCCUUAUUGUUUGAC